AUGAGCGAGGAGGCGGCGCGGGGACCCGCCGUGAGGGGGCUGGGAGGGACCGGGCACAACCCGCGGUACCGGCAGCGAGGAGGCAGCGCGGGGACGCGCGGUACAGCGGGCCGGGGAGGCAUCAGGGGGAGCCGCGGUGAGGGGGCCCGGAAGGUGCAGUGGUACGGGGGUCCGAGGAGACACCGUAGUACGGCGGUACCGGGAAGGAACCUCAGGAACAAGUUUGGGGGGGUCACCGGAGUUCAGGAGAUCCGGGAAGACGCCAGCGGGAUCCGCGGUACGGGAGGGCCGAGUGGGCACCGCAGUCCGGGCGUGCACCGGGGUUUGCCCGGGGUCCCGGUGCCGGGUUUGGGCAGCCGCAGAGAACUGCCGGCCGCUCUGCCGUCCCUCACCGCCCCGCUGUCACCCCGCAGCACGGCGGAGCAGCCGGAGGGUCGCCAGGCCCCGCGGAGCCCCCUCGGGCAGAAGGAUUUCGUCCCCGACGGCUCGGCCCGGCAGGCCGAGAGGCUGCGGCGCUGCUGCGAGGAGCAGUGGCGGCUGCUGUCCGAGGAGCGCCCGGAGCGGCCGGGGAAUCUGGUGAAAGCUGAGUGGAAGCCAGAACAGGGCAUUGUGGAGCUGAAGUCCCCUGCGGGGAAGUUCUGGCACACCAUGGGGUUCUCACAGCGAGGCAAACAGUGUCUGCUGCCCGAGGAAGCUCUGUACCUGCUGGAGUGUGGCUCUGUCCAGCUCUUUCAYAGGGAUCUGCCCCUGUCAGUCCAGGAAGCCUACGAGACCCUGCUGUGCCAGGAGGCAAUGACUCUGUCACAUUACCAGGUGUUCAGCCACUUGAAGCAGCUGGGUUAUAUUGUACUGAGAUUCGACCCCAGCACUGUCCCAUCUGCCUAUGAGAGGCAGCUGAACUUGGAAAGUCACUGCAAGAGCUCUGRGAAACACCAUCGCAAGAGGAGGAGGAGUUCCAGCCCCCGRUUGCAUGAAAAGAAACAUAAAAUUUCUGAGGACCUUCCAGAAGCUGAAGGGACCUCCAGCAAGGAUGGAGAUGAUUGUGGAGACUCUAUUCUCAUGGAUGAAAAGCCCUUGUCAGUGCAGCCAAAGGAAUCAGAUGCUGGCAAUGCAGAGGGAGAGUCAAUGCCAGUUCCUCUUGAUACAGGACAAAAGGACUCUCUGAGCUUCUCSAGCAGCCUGGCUGGAGACCRCAAGGAGAGCAGCACUGGCACCCAYGCACCCCGCUGGGAUUUUACCAGCAUCACUUUUCCCAACGUGGCCUCAGACCAGCCUUGCACACACCUGCCCUCCCCUGACAACUGGCUCCUGCCAGAGAACGUGCYGGCCAGGGAGGUGGAUGCAGCUUCCUGGUGCACACGGAUCAACCAGAAACAGGAGAAGCUGUCACGGAAGGAGAGGAAGCAGCGGGAGAGGGAGAGCAGGUACAAGAGCAGUGUCAAUGCUGACCAGGAGGUGAGGCGCUGCUCCAACUGGCAGGAGUACAAAGCCCUCUUGGAGCAGAGGAGACAGSAGAGGGUUUGGAAACGGCCRUCACACCUCUGGGACCAAGCUGUCACACCACUGCUGCGGCCAGAAGAAGUGACCUCGCCAGCUGCGCUCCUCCAGCAGAUCAGUGUGCUGCAGCCCUCCCACAUCCUGGAUGGAGCCUCCCGGCUGCAGGAGGACCCAGAGGCCAUGAAGAUWGACUUCAACGUGUAUCAAGCAGAUGCUGUGUCCAGAUUUAAGAAGACAAACCCUGGGAGGCCCCAUGUCAGAAUGUGUGUUAGGAGCUCUAGUAGACAGAGCAAGGAAGGUGGUAAUGCAGUUUUACCAAGCUUUGAUGAGCAGAUCCCAUCCCUGCGGGCUCUGAAGCAGGUGACGUAUCUGAGUGGGGACGUCCCGCUCGUCUUUGCACUGGUGGACCAUGGAGAAAUCACCUUCUAUUCACUGAAGGAGUUCAAGCUGCCUGUUGAUGUUAAUCACUGAAGYUGCUGUCACUUGCAGAAAUGGGAUGGGAUGAAGGAAACAGCUUUACUCAGGACUUGCUUUCCUGAUUWAUGAAAUAUUACAGAAAACGGAACCUGUGAUAAGUGGAACCAUUGGAAGUUGGCCACUUUAUUGGCUGUUACAGACUGCACCCACCCAGAUGGCUCAGGGAUAAUGUGUAAUU